AUGACAUUAGUUCAUUCAUUCAGCGGCCAUAUUCCUAUGACAAUUGAUAGCAUCAAAGACAUUUUCAUCAGAGGAAAUCCAGCUGAUUAUCACUCCGCAGCUGUUUUGAUGCAGGAUUUGCUCAAAACAGAAACAGACAAAAUUAAAACAUUGGCGAUUAUUUUCGGCAAAAUAGGAGAUAUUUCAAGCGGAAAACCAAUUCUUUUCUUCAAAGAUUAUCCUUUAUUCCAUGACGAAAACCAGUUUGCAACAAGUUACGUCAGAUCUGUCGGCGUUUUGUUGAAUGGAUGCGCUCAGUUUAUCCAUAUAAUAAGGAAUUUAUUGAAGCAGAAAGAUGAAUUGAUAAAUGAAAUCAUCACCUUCAUAUUGGACUACAAUUCACCAGAUAAAAACAGACAAGAGAAAGCUAAAGAGAAUUUCCAAAAAUUUGAAAAGUUUACAUCUGAAAAAUAUCUUUUCAGUGUCUUUUCAAUUUUAUCAAAUAUAAUCGAAGCAACAAGAAGGUUCUCUUUCAUCAAAGACACAAACACGAACCAGAUCUAUUACAUGGUUCACUUCGAUGCCAAGAACAACUUCUAUUACGCAUGGAAGAUGCCAUUUUCCAACAAUUCACAAUUCGUAAAGAUCCACUAUGGUCCAAACAUCAUUCCAAUGUCAAUUCUUCCUUUCACAAGUGAUUUGUAUCAAAAUUACGAUGCUUUGAACCCUUAUUUCAAAGAAAACAUGAUGUACACACAGAAAACAAUUCCGAAAGAAUGUUUGGCUUAUUAUAUUCUCAACAGUUUCAAUGUUUACAUGACAAAUUCUGGUUUCUUGAAACAAUUCACUCAGGUUGUCAAAAAUUCUGAAUUGAAAUAUGUCACUUUUUCAUCAGAUUUAGCAUAUUUCAGAAAAGUAUUAAGACAUCAUUUAUCAUCCGAUACAGAAGGAUUCUUUACUAAGAACUCUAAAGAGCUGCAAUUUACUUAUCAUUCUCCUUCUGAUGUUGUAAGUAAAACGAGAUAUUCCAUCGAGAAAAACAAAGUUACAUGCAAAGCCGGAAUUCACUGUUUCAUGACACAAACAUUGCAGCAAAACAGACCUAGUUUGAUGACAUUCAAACGAACAUCGAAAGGCGCCUACUGCAUAAUCGGAUUGAUCAAUCUCUCAGUCGAAGAAGGCGAUGGAGAUUCUUUCUUCGUUGAAUACAAAGAUGACAGAGUAAAUAUCCUGUCAAACAAAGUUAUUCAAACAACACUUGACACGCAAACAAAGUUCAUCAUCCAACUCGAUCCGUUGAUGAAGUUGGCAACAGUCUACAAUGGAGAUGACAAAUCUCCAAUAGAGACAAUCAUGACAAAGAGCCUUUCAUUCAGUUUCAUCAUACAAUGCCACGGAGAAAGCGAAGUCAGCUACAAUUUCUAUUUGCCAGAAAAAUCUGCAUCUCAUAAAUUCUUUGGAACAGAAACAUCUGUAGUUUUACCAGAUGAUUUGCCACCAGUUGUUGAUUUGAGACUAACAACACAGAUAUUCGAGAGCAGAUUCCAGUCAUUGCUCAGAUAUGAUGCAGAAACACUCAAAGAGACAUUAUCCGAAAAAUUCUCUGCAAACACUGCAAAACUCAACCCUCCGAAAUCUCAGCCGAUUUCAUUCAACAACACGAACAUCGCCAGAGAUAACUCAACAUUCAACGGAUCUCUCUUUGCCUCUGUUGUCCCUGACAGUGUCAUUGAUACUGUUUGCAACAUACAGGGAGAAGCAGCUGCAAUAGAUGAUUCAACCGGUUUGAGAAUCAAAGUUUCUGAACAAGACAACAUUUUCAAGCCAAAGACACAGUUGCCAACGAUUUCUCCAAUGUGGUGGGGAGUUUUGUCUCCGGAAACACUGAAUUACUUCGGAUGUGGCUAUGCAUCGAAAGCAAGGAUAGAAAGCCAGAACUUAUUGUUCUUAAACAUGCUGAAUGACCAAAAUGUUUCUGUUGAUUAUGUCAUGAAUUUCUUCAAUCUAAAGAUGGAAGAUUUGAUCAAAAUUUUCUUGUCACUUUUGUUGUAUAAUGACAAGAUUAUUCCAUCAUGUUUAGUUGACUUUGAUUACGAUAUCUUCGACAAAAUGACUCCUCCCAAGUCAUUACAGCUGUUCCUAUACAAGACUGCUAUUGACAGAAUCAUUGAUUAUGUUGAAAAAACAGAACAAAUACAAGAAUUCACUGAAAAAUACUUCAACAUUCUUGUUCAGAGGUUUAACAACGUCCAUUACCAUUCUGUCAUCGAUUCCCAUCCCUCCGCUGUUGUAAUCAAGUCAAGCCAGUUCAAACACGGCAAAGUGACAAUCUCCAGACAAGAAGUAACAGCGUGGUUCGCAAUCAGAGGCGGAAUAGAUCAGACAAAUAAAAUAAUUUGCCAAGUAAAUGGUCAAAAUUUGUCAAAUAACGUAUUAGUUAUCAAAUCCAAUACUGUAACAGUCAAAAUGGCAAUGGAAGACCAAUUCUACAUUGUAUUGAUUCCGUUUAGCAAGUUCUCAAAUGAGAGUUUGAUCGGAACGUUCGUAGAUUUGGCUGUUUCUUUCAAAUACUUUGUCAGAUUUUUGAGUUUACAUUUGACAGUUUACAAACCAGAAACUCUCCAGAAAUACAGACAGAAACUUUAUGUUUUAUUGUUUGAUUCCAUCAUUGCUAAUUCGAGCUAUUUCAACUCAUUUGGAGAAAACAUUUUGGCGUUUUUGUCAAAGAAUUUGCAUAUAGUCACAAUUGAUAUUUCUGGCGAAUUCCUGCAGAGAUUGAACUACAUUAUUCAGUGGAAUCCGACCAAUUCACAGCAGUUCUCCAAUUUCAUUAUGGAAAUGAAAGAAAUUUUCAUGGAAAGAACUCUCAUUUACAUCAAGAAGUUCUUCCCAGAAUUCUCAAAUCCAAGCGAGAAAGAGAUGUUCAAAUACGUCCCAGAUACAUCAAAAGUCUGUUUCUCUUUGCCAAUUGAGAUGAUUCCGUUCAAACUCACUUCACAAUCAGAUUUCGUGAAGAUCACUAACUUGUGCAAGAGACUUUUGAUGACGAAAGACAUAACAUCUUUCCCAUUCUAUAUUUUGCUCAAUUUCUGGGUGAUUGCAGCGAUGAAUUUACCUUCUUUCGACCAGAAAUUACUUGAUGAUGGAAAAACUCUUCAAAUCAAAUUCCGCUAUUAUGUUCCAAAGAAGUUCAAAUUCGUCUUCAAACAGAGUAACACCAAAUACGACUACUUAUGUUCUAUUACAAAAGACGGAAAGAAAGUCAAGUGGACGGACGAAAUCCAGACAGCAAAUCACAACGAGUUCUUCAUCAAUUUGAGUACAGGCGAAAAUUGGUCGAUGAAGAACUUCACUAUUCAAACAAACGAAAAAGUUGAUUCCGACGAAUUCAUCAUGAAAUACAGGGAUUACUUGGUUUCCGACAUGAAGAUGAUCUGCCAGAGAUGGAACAAGAGCUUGGACAUGGCAAUCCUGAGAUGUAUUCCUUCAACAACAUUCCAAAACGCAGAACUCGAUCUAAACUUCAAUCCAGAAAUUUUGGCAAACAAUCCGAAAUUGACUGGAUUUCCAAUGUCUCUUUUGUAUUGUAGAUCGAUUCCAUUGUUGAUUGUCAACUGGAUGAAGAACCACGACUACCUCAAAGGCGGUGAUGACUUCAACAAUUUCAUCACUCCUAUUUUCAAGCUCAGAUCUUUCCUGGAUAUUGUCAGAGCCAACAACGAUAAUUCAGUUCCACAAAUCAGCAUCAACAGAGACAUGGCAAGAAAACUGAGGGAAGGAACAGAGAAGGACAUAAGGUGCUCCAUCAUCUACCAAAUCUUCAGAAGUGUAACUAUAGACAAACUCAAAAAUGGAUCAGAUCAGCCGUGGAAGGUUUCUUUCACAAACGAAAGAGGUAUAGAUAUGGGUGGUUUGGCGAGAGAAUUAGUCACAGAACUAAGUCUGGAUCUGAGGAAUCCAAACUGCGGAAUAGUUUGUCCAACACCGAAUUCUAUCUCUCAAGUUGGAUAUUACAGGGAUAAAUUCAUAUUUGUGCCAACAAACAACAGCCUGAGAGACAAUGACAAACUGUACAUGAUGGUUGGAGCUCUGCUUUUGUUAGUUAUCAGGACAGGAUUAGUCCAGGAAUUUGAUUUCGCUCCUGUUGUUUGGAGAUUUUUGGUUUCAAACAAAAUUACUAUUGAAGAUAUCUACGAAAUUGACGUCAACUACAAGAACACGAUGGAAAGUAUCAAGGAGUCUAUCAACUCUGGAAUGUCUGAAGAGGAAUUCAGCAAACAGUUCAACCUCAAUUUCGUUGUAAAAGACUCUUUAGGUCAAGAAAACUCUUUGAAUCAACUCGGAAGAUCUUCAAAGGUGACAUUGGCAAAUGCGAAUGAAUUUAUUGCUUUGUCAAACGAGUUCAGAAUAAAUGAACUCCGGAAAUACAUGAACUGGGUCAGAAUUGGAUUCAUGCAGAAUAUUAAAACAGGAGUUCCAAGUUCAUUGGACCCAGACACAUUGGAAUUCAGUGCUUGCGGAGAUCCAGAGUGUUCUUACGAAGAACUGGCGAAAAUUGUUAAAUUCGAGGGAAUUUCAGAUGACCAACAGACAAUUUUCUUGCAAGUCAUACAGAAAUUCACUCCGGAACAGAGAGCAGCGCUGAUCAAGUUCACAACAGGAAGAGCGAGGUUGCCUCCUUCAAGUUCUUCGAAUCAGUUCAAGUUCAGAGUUGAUUCAAACGGAGCAAUGAUCGACAAAUUGCCUACUUCUUCAACUUGCUUCCACGUUUUACAUAUGCCAAGAUACACUUCAUUUGAGAAUGCCUACAAGAUGAUUGCAGUAGCUGUUGAAAAUACUGAAUCAUUCGAAAACGCGUAA